CUCCUUCAUCAAUCUUCUUGACUAGAAACGACGUCUUGAUUCUGAAUCAUAACAAACCCUACUCAAUCCAGUUUCUUUAAAUAUCAGUCAGUAUGGUCGGUCACGGUAUGACGGGGAUGCUCGGUGAAGAUGGUAUCCAUGUUGAUAUGAAUCACCUGAAGAAGGGUGAGGUCAACCUAGGAACGUCGAUCAUGGCGAUCAACUUCAAGGACGGUGUCAUAUUGGGUGCCGAUAGCCGAACGACUACCGGAGCUUACAUCGCCAACCGGGUUACCGACAAAUUGACACAGGUACAUGACACGAUCUGGUGCUGCCGCUCGGGGUCAGCUGCCGACACACAGGCCGUGGCCGAUAUUGUAUCCUACCAUCUGAACAUGUACUCGAUCACAAAUAACGAAGCACCCAGCACUCAGGUUGCUGCCGCCUUGUUCCAGGAGCUGUGUUAUGAGAACAAGGACAUGCUAAGUGCCGGAAUUAUCAUUGCUGGGUAUGAUCCUCGACACGGAGGGCAGGUUUACUCGAUACCUCUCGGCGGGUCUCUUCACAAACAACCGUACUCGAUCGGUGGGUCUGGGUCAACUUACAUCUACGGAUACUGCGAUGCGAACUGGAAGGAGAACAUGACUGAGGAAGAAGGUAUUCAAUUUGUUCGGUCAUCUCUGCAGGAGGCGAUUAAGUGGGAUGGCAGCUCUGGUGGUGUGAUCCGAAUGGUGGUUUUGACGGCCAAGGGCGCUCAGCGACAUCUCUACUUGCCAGACACGGGUUACACUGGACCAGGUCUCACCAAUUAAUGAGUGUACCCUUAUGGAAUGAUGAUUUAUAUCGUUGUUAGCUUUCGACAAACAUGACUUUUUCUGCCUCUUAGCACUGAGCACGGUCUCACUUUGGACAUGAGUUCGCCGCAAAAGUAAGCGGUGUACAGGCCGUGCUUCUCGGCGAAUGGGAUGAGACUUGGUUAAUCAAGGUAACUAUCCUCGGGGAAGGUCUUUAGUAAGUUGCGCGGUGAUAUCUCACUGCAUGCAUGGCUUGACUUGGCAUUUGACCACACUGGGCUUCGGCCAGUUCGACUCCGGCUCCUGGCGGAAGAUAACUACUUGACAGUUUAGGAGGAGAUUGAGCUGCUAUAAGCCUCAGAUGUGUUUGGCGGUCAGAGACAUUUCUACUCUGUAGU